AUGUCACUCUUUGGCGGUUCACGAGUCGGCAGACGUGUCAACACGACCUCAUGCGGCUGCUACAUCUUCAUCCAAGAUACCCCGAGAUACCUCCCUCAGGUCCAGAUCAAAGCUCACACAACUAUCCUCGCCACAACAUCUCGCACCAACCUCACCCAGACCUUUGUCAACCCCACCGGCGAAGCCAUCGAUGAACUUCGCUAUGUGUUCCCUCUCUACGACGGUGUCUCCGUCGUCGCUUUCACCUGCACCGUCGGCUCGCGCGUCAUCAAAGGCGUAGUCAAGGAACGGCAGAAGGCUCAACAAGUCUAUAAUGAAGCUAAAGCCAAAGGACAAACCGUUGGUCUGUUCAAGCAGUCCCUUGAAGCAGCUGAUACUUUCACUACCACUAUUGGAAACGUCCCCGCUGGUGAGAAGGUGCAGGUUGACAUCACGUACCUUGGAGAGCUCAAGCAUGACGCCCAGGUCGAUGGUCUUCGCUUCACUAUCCCAACCCAGAUUGUUCCACGAUAUGGGGAUUUUGAAUCCCUCCCCUCGUCUAAUGUUGUACAGAAAGAAGGCAUCUCUUUCACCAUUGAUGCAGAGAUGCCGGACGGCUCAGCCAUCAAAUCCAUUCAGUCUCCGUCUCAUCCUCUUUCAGUAGAGAUUGGCACUACCUCUACGACCAAGUCCCAAGACCCAUCCCUCCAGAGAGCUUCUGCCACACUCCAACAGGGCACUACCCAUCUGGAACAAGAUUUUGUUGUCCAAGUAGUCGCCACGAAGCUAGGAGAACCAUCAGCUAUCCUGGAAACUCACCCCACCAUCCCGAACCAACGCGCCAUCAUGACCACGCUUGUCCCCAAGUUCAAACUACCCGCCGAAAAGCCUGAAAUUGUUUUCAUCUGCGACAGAAGUGGAAGUAUGGGUGGUCAGAUCCCGGGCCUCAAAACGGCUCUCCAGAUCUUUCUCAAGUCUCUUCCUGUUGGCGUCAAGUUCAACAUUUGCAGUUUCGGCUCUCAUUUCAGCUUCCUCUGGGAUCGGUCACAAUCCUAUAGCCAAGAGACACUCGACAAGGCUGUUCAGCACGUCGAGACGUUUGACAGCGACUACGGUGGCACCGAGAUGUACCAGCCAUUCGAGGCUACUUUCCAGAAGCGCUACAAGGACAUGAACCUCGAGGUCUUCCUGCUCACAGACGGCGAGAUUUGGGACCAAGAUCGUCUUUUCCAGCUUAUCAACAAGGAAGUGGCUGAUAGUAAGGGUGCUGCCCGGGUCUUUUCCCUUGGUAUUGGAGCAGGCGCCAGUACCUCUCUGAUCGAGGGUAUUGCCCGAGCUGGCAACGGCUUUGCUCAGACGGUUGCUGAUGAUGAGAAGAUGGAUAAGAAGGUUGUUCGCAUGCUUCGAGGAGCUUUGUUUCCCCAUAUUUCCGAUUAUUCUCUGGAGAUCAAGUAUGACAAGGAAGAUUCUUCGACCGAAGAUGACUUUGAGUUGAUCGAGAAGGUAGUUGACGCCUUGAAGAUUGAUACUGUGCAGGAGGAAAAGACCAAGGAAGUGGAGGGCCCGAAGAAGCCUAUCUCAUUGUUUGACGCGUCUGCAAACGAUGAUGAUGAUACUGAGAUGGUUGAUGCCGCGGACGUUGACAGCAAGUUUGACCAUCUUCCUACUGUUCCUUCACCUCGAUAUAUUCAGACACCCGGCACCAUUCCUCCUCUAUUCCCUUUUAACCGUACCACCGUGUACGUCCUUCUGUCCGAAGACACUCCUUCGCAGCAACCCAAGUCCGUCAUUCUCAGAGGCACCUCAAGCCAUGGCCCUCUCGAACUCGAGAUCCCAAUCACAGUAGUCGCCGAGAAAGACUCUGUAAUUCAUCAACUCGCAGCACGCAAGGAAGUCAAGGAACUCGAAGAAGGCCGGGGAUGGCUCAAGCAUGCCAAGGACUCCGACGGCAAACUCCUCACGGAAAAGUAUGAUGGCCACUUCUCUGACAUGGUGGAACGUGAGGCUGUGCGUCUUGGUGUCAAGUAUCAAGUUGGAGGCAAGUGGUGCUCGUUCAUCGCUGUUGAGGACAAUGGGAACGAGCUUGACGGAGGAGAAGUCCAGGAGGCUGUGCCUGACGUGAAUCGAGAACAAUAUAUCAUGCCGCAAAUGAUGGCUACUCGCUUCGGUGCACCAAGCAACCGGAAACCUUUUCUCUCGUUUCUCAGCCGUGCUCGCUCAUCGAAUCAGCCAGAUACCAGGAGCACCGGAGGCUUUGGGAGCUUUGGUGGAGCAUCCUUGAGUUCAUCUGGAACUCCUCCCCAAGCCCUUGGAAGAGGUGGUGGCCUCUUUGGAAGUUCAAGUUCUAGGUCUUCCAACACUGGGGGAGGACUGUUUGGCAACUCAAACGCCCAAGCAAGCAGUUUCGCCGCAGGAUCUAGUGCAUCAUCUGUUAAUCCUUUCGCAGCUGCGCCGGGAGGAUCGUUCGGCACACAAGGAAGCUUGUUUGGCAGUGCUCCUCCGCCUCCACCUGCUGCACCUGCAUUGCCAAUUGCUCAGGUCAUGCCUCCCGCACCACCUGUGGCUGCAGUUGACGAGGGUCUUCUCAAUGAGUAUGGAGUAGAGAUGGAUCAGGCUGCGGCUAUGCCACUUGAGGAAGCGGAAGAGUCUGGUGAAGACAUGGGGUUCGGACUUUUCGACGACGGACCUUCUGCUCCUGCGCCAGCUGCCUCCUCUGCUUUCUGUGCCAUGCCUGCAUCCUCUAUCACUACAGGCCCCAAGAGAAAGGCCGUCAGUGACAUGGAGCCACUGCAAGCUUUGACUUCUCUUCAAACCUUUGCGGGUAGCUGGUCCUGGAGUUCCGAUCUCGAGCGCGUCCUCGGUGUGACCUCUGACCAGGUUUCCAAGUUGACGCUGCCGGCUUCAGUCAAGGACCAUUCGGAUAAGGACGAUGUGGUUGCUACAGCAUGUGCGGUGUUGUUCUUCAAGAAGAAACUGCAGGAGGAAAUGGAUACCUGGGAAAUGUUGGUUGAGAAGGCGGAAGGAUGGUUGGAGGACAACAUUGGGGAGGAUGGUGUUGCUGAGCUAUUCAGUGCCCUCGAGAAGUUGUUUUAG